GUUUUUGUUACACUUUACAUUUUAAGAGCCUGAAUGGUUUGAAUUUGACCAAUUUACCGACAUGUUGCUGGGAAACACGUUGGUUAUUUGUUGUUCUAUACUUUGUUCUAAUCGCUGCUGAAUUUUAUGUCCCUAAGGGCAGGAUGAUUAUGUAAUUAUGGGAAAUACGCAGGAAAGCAUGGGAACAACUUUCUUGUAGGGAAAUGCCAUUCUUCUCUUUCUUCUUUGUGAUUUUACAGAUAGUUGUAUAUAAGAUGUUAUGAAGUUUGCCUGGAAGUUUGCUGUCUUCAUCUUUUGAACAUUUGAGACCAAGUUUGGUGGCCUGCUUGUUACCAGCGCGAUUAGAAAGUGGCUUUACUGCAGGAGCACAAACAGACAAGACGUUUAUCAUAUUCUUGCAUCCCUUUUUUGGGGGGGAUUUUAUAUCUACCAGUUGCAGCAGUGAGCAUAUCAUUUUCUAACUAAGGGAAGACCAUGAGAAAAAGCAGAGACAGAAAAAGGGAGGAGCCUGCACACUCAUUGCGUCACUUGUUAGUCCUAAGAACAGAUUUAUUGUCCACUGGAUAAUCUCUGCUUGGUUGUGUGAACAGUAUAUACAAGUGUGUGUUGGGCUGAACGUACAGGAGAAAAAAUAGCAACAGCUGACGGAGGAGGAGAGUUUCUCUUGAUCGACCAUCAUGUCUCAACCAGGUCAGGAGGAGGGCGAGGAAAUGCAGCGUCCUGAAGUCAGAGGAGAGGAUGUGACUGAAGCGAAAGGCAAACUGGGAACUGGUGGGCCAGCGAAGAGCAAGACAUUUGAAGUAAUGGAGGAGUGCGAGAAAGAAGGUAAAACUGCUCCAUCUGUGUUCAGCGGAGUGAGGUCUGGAGCAGAGACUGCUUUUAACGCACGUUCAGCUAAACCAGUCAGAAAGUAGCAGUGGAUGUUCCAUGAUCAGACAACACAACACCUGUUCCAUGUUAAGGGGUUUGUUAUCAGUUGUUUUCCUUCAGCUUCAAGUCCUGUGAUGUACUAACCCUCUAUACUUAACACCAUUAAAGAUGUAGUAAAAAACCUGGAAAUGUGAUGACUUCCCAAUAUUGUCAUAAAAUGUCUUAACCAUUAACGUAAAACAAUCAUAUUAAUGGGAGGUUAUUACAUUAUUGGAAAGUUGUAACAUUAUUCAUUUUGCUGACACUCUUGACUUACAAUUAUCGAUUUUUGACUCAUAUCAGAGGCAAAUGUCAGGUUUUAUUACGUUACGUUGUAUCAUGUUCUUGCACUUCAAUUAAAUUGGAGGUGAGUUCCUAAUACAACCAUUGAUUUCUACUUACAUAUAUAAUUUGUUGUAAAGUCUUCAUUGUCCACGUGUUAGAUUGUAAUUGAUACAUGUGAAAUGACAGAAACAUCAGUGGCCCUUUCAUGCAUUUCUGAAUUAAUAUAAAAAAUAAAUGCACCAGUCAAAAAAUUAAAACUGCAGUCGAU